AUGGCAACCUCAGUCCAUUUCCUACUCUUUAUUAUUAUCCAUGCAACACUUUUUAUCUCAACAAUCCCCUCUUUAUCCCAUGCAAGAACCCUACCUAACGCUAACAACGACAACAACAGCUCACUCAAUGAUAGUAAGCUCUUCUCCUUAAAACCCGGUGGCCACGGCGGAGGCGGGGGAAGGGGUUUCGGGGUAAGCGUGACCCAUAACGGGUCGGAGAUCACUAUCGGUGUCGGUGGUGGCAUCGGUGGAGGGAUUGGUACGACCCGCGGUGGCGGAAUUAGUGCAGGAGGCGGAGCUGGUGCCGGGAUCGGAAUCGACGUAGGAAGACACGGGGUGGAUAUUGCGGUCGGUGCCGGCGGUGGUGGUGCGGUGAGUGCUAAUAACGGGAGUGUAAAUGUCGGUGGAGGCGGUGGGGGCGGUGUCGGUGUGCAUAUCGGGCGGGGCGGGGGUCAGUGUUGGGAGGGGGGGCGGCCGGUAUGGACGGCGGCAGUGGUGUUAGGUGGUGUGGCGGGGCACGCGGAACGGGAGUGA